CGUACAGCAAAAGGACGGUUCACAUCAUGACUAUCUUCGCGAGAGAUCUCAUCUAUGGGAUCGAAGCAAGGGUUUUGUUGCCGCUCUUCCUUGUCCAUUUUUUGCCUUACGUAACGAGCCAACAAGAGUCGGAAUCCGCAAACCGCAACAGAAAUACCAAUUUCCCGACGGAAUCGGUAAUUGCAAUCAUUGUGCUUGCAAUAUUUAUCUCAAUAACCACGCUCGCUUGUUUCUUGCACCACACAUUCUAUAGAGCAGAGCUUGAAGCAGCAAGCCAAGAAGUGUUGCAAAAUAGAGCGAGGAGUGGGCUCGAGAAGGAACUCAUCGAGUCCUUUCCAACUUUCCUUUAUUCAGAAGUUAAAGGGCUCAAGAUAGGCAAAGGCGGAGUAGAAUGCGCAAUUUGUCUAAGUGAGUUUGAGGAUCAAGAAUUACUACGUUGGAUGCCUCCUUGUAGCCACACUUUCCAUGCUAAUUGCAUCGAUGUGUGGCUCUCUUCUCGGUCCACAUGUCCGGUCUGUCGUGCAAAUCUGUCUCUCAAACCUGGUGAAAGCUUUCCAUAUCCGAUCAUUGAUCUUGAAACAGGAAAUGAAAGAAGAGAUGUACUAGAACCCCCAGACGAAACUAGAUUUCAUUCGACCGGACGUUCAUUCCUUCAACUAGGUAAGAAUCUAGAUCGAUUCACACUACAGUUACCAAAGGAGAUGCAAAGAAGAUUAGUUAGCUUGAAUCUGAUAAGGAUUAGCAACACGGCCUUACCUCGAGCCAUGAGUUCGAGACAGGGCUAUAGGAGCGAGAGAAGCGGUUUCUCUGAGGGACGCCUCAUGCCAGAGAAGGUUUAAUCUGUGUAGACAUUAGCUCUCUUAUCGCUUUAUGUGUCAUAUCUUUCGUGCUGAUGUAGAGAUUUAUGUGUCAUAUCUCUCUAUUUCAGUUAUCUUUGUGUUAGUACUUCUAUUUCAGUUGUCUACAAAGUAAGGAUUAGGUCAAAACUGUCAAAUAAAGUCUUGUUGCGUAG